AUGGCCACUGAUACUGUCACAAUGCCGGCUGUUAUUCACGCCAAUAUAAACUACUUUCUAGAAAUAAGUGAGGGGGGAACAUAUGUCAUCUAUCCAGGAACAGCUGCGGACAAGCUACGGCCGCUCAAGUCUGUGGUUAUGCCCGUGACAGACCUGCGAACAUGUACAAUCGACAAAUUUACUCUGGACACUCAUGGAUUCCAGUUCGUGCCACACCAGGCGAGUGAAAAGACCUACGACGAUCAAGCAAGAAUCAAGACAACCGUCUACAAAGAGACCGCUGCAUUCUUAAAGGAAGUGACAGGAGCAACUCGAGUCUUUCCGUUUUCCCAUCUGGUCCGGAAGCAUCUGGUAGAUACCGCCGUUGACGCAGCGAAGAAAGCACAACUUACAGAUAUCAUUCCAAUCAUGACCCCGUCCCUCUUAUGCCACAUUGAUCAGUCUUAUGAUGGUGCUAGGCAAGUCCUCGACGCAAAUCUACCAACUACGGAGGCCGAAUCACUAUCGAAGACAAGAUGGGGCAUCAUAAACGUAUGGCGACCGAUCGGAAGCGCCGUAAAAAGGGACCCUCUUGCAGUCUGCGAUGCGGGAUCAUGCACAGAGUCGGAUCUUCGCAAGGUCUUUGCGCAGCUGCCUUCACAAGGUGACGGUAGCAAGGUAUCGAGGGGAAAGGGAUUCGAAGUCUUCAAUGUAGCGCACAAUCCAAACCACAAGUGGUACUAUGCUUCUAGCAUGACUCCAGAUGAGACAUUGAUGAUCAAAUGCUUUGACUCAAAGCUUGACGGACGAGCUCGAAGGACUCCUCACACGGCUUUCCAGACAGAGUUUGACGAGGGUCCAGCAAGACAGAGUAUUGAGGUACGCUGCUUAGUAUUUUGGGAGGAUCAGAGUGUAGAGUAG